CGAAGAAGAACGCAACAACCAAAACAAGUGUGGAGUAGCGAAGAAUGAGUUAUUUACGUAGAAGCACUAAAUUUAAUAUAUAUACAAGUGAGAGACCAUUUACCAUUGAAAUUUAUGUACGCGUUUCCGGAACUGUAAAUACUGUCGAUUGUUAGUUGCACUCGUCUUUUCUCGCUUAUUAUCAGUAAAAAAGCAGAACAUUACCCAUGAAAUUAUGAAGACUGUAGUAGAGGUAUGUGAACGAAUCCAAAUGUCGACAUUUUCCACACCAUUGUAGUAUCGGUAUUGGAUCGUGACCGGUUCUAAUUUGUUCAGUUCUCUUCAAUGCUUGACAAACAUGAAGCUUUCAGGCUUUCCUUCAAAUUGUGCCAGAGCAGAUUCGGAGCUUUGUGCUUCAGUGAAAGCAACAUUAGGUACAUCUGGUGGAAGAGUGAAGUCAAAGCAACCUAUGUCAUUAAACAGAGGUGUGAAGCACUGGUCGCCAUCAAUAACGCACAAAAACCUAGCCUAUGUUCUCCUUACAAGCUCGCAUUGUUCAUUAGCUUGGUGGUUAUUAUAUACACAAGUUAGCUCCAAAACAACCUGUCAAGCCGACAGCCGACAAUCCGUUUUGAGCCGUCAAUGCGCGCUGAAACUAUGACGCUACCAACGUAAUCGGUCACGUAAUACUUGCAGUGCCAUUCAGACGUCUGCCACAAGCUUGAGAUUUCGGGUUUAUUUUAACAUCUCUAAUGUUUAUUUUCACAAAUACCUUUUGUUGUGUGGCUCCAAUACACUUAUAUAUUCUAAUACAUAAAUGUAUAGUAUAUGUAUCUACUGUUACGUAUAUUUUGGGAACAUUGUGACGUCGCCACAAUAGCUUGCUGCCUUCAGUGGACACAGCAACACUGACCUUAACUGAUCACGGAAAACAGCAACAUUGACCACUACUAAUGGUAGGUCAAUGAAAUUACUUCAAUACACUUUAUAAUGCACCUUCAGAAAUCCAGUCCACAUUUUCCAAUCAAGGCUGCCUCUAUUAAACAUGGAUUUGGGCCGUCCUACACUAGCGGCGACAAUUCCUACUACUCCAAAGGCACCAUUGACCAUAUUUAGAAGCGACAAGGAAGUGAAACGGCGAGUUCAUUUCCGCGUCCAACAAACAAACACUCUACCAUGGCAACAGCCGGAGCUAGCCUGUUCUUGACUGUAUUUAUUAGCCUUGCUUUGGCAGACGACGUCAAGUUAAAAUACAAACCAGCCACCAAGCCUGUGAGAUUAUUCACUGAAGAAGAGCUCAAGCGGUACGACGGAAGCCAGGAGGCAGAACCCAUCUACAUGGCAGUAAAAGGGGUGGUGUUCGAUGUUACCAGAGGAAAAGAGUUUUAUGGCAAAAACGCGGCCUAUAACGCCUUGGUUGGCAAGGACUCCACUCGAGCUGUAGCGAAGAUGUCCCUCGAUCCCGAAGACCUGAAGUCAGAUACUACAGGCCUAACGGAGGAGCAGCUGAAGGCUCUGGACAGCGUCUUUGAAGGCACCUACAAAGCCAAGUAUCCCAUCGUGGGCUACACGGCCGCACGUAUCCUCAACAAGGACGGAAGCCCCAACGAAGACUUCAAACCUGAAGACCAGCCGCACUUUAAGAUCAAAGACGAGUUUUAAC